GCUGUGCCGGGCGGGCGGUUUUCCCAGAGCAGGGAGCGAAGCCGGACGGGGUUGGCGCAUCCUCAGAUAGAGCCCUUGCUGGCUGGAUGGCCAGCCUGCCCAGGCCUGCUAGAGGCCAAGGGCUCCCACAGGCACUGUGUCCCCACUUUGUGGGCUGCAGCACCACACCCCAGGGGUGUGGCAUGUCCCAGAGGGGGGCCCGAGGGGCAUCAGCAAGGCCAGGAGUGGGGCAUGGCCGGGCUAAGGCCAGACCUCAGUUGCUACCAGGCAUUGACAAGAAGAGGAGCCUCCUGAGCAGGGCCAGACAGGACCUGUGGGAAGAGCCAAGCUGGAGCAACCAAAGAUGGAGCAGACCUGCCCCUAGCCCUCGAGGGGUCAGGGCCGGGAGCCGGGCUCAUGGCAGGGGCGAGGUGAGCCCUGAGAAUGCUGCGCGGGAGCGGAGCCGGGUGAGGACUCUGCGCCAGGCCUUCCUGGCUCUGCAGGCCACUCUGCCAGCCGUGCCACCCGACACCAAGCUCUCCAAGCUGGACGUGCUGGUGCUGGCUGCCAGCUACAUCGCCCACCUCACCCGCACUCUCGGCCACGAGCUGCCCGGCCCGGCCCGGCCACCGUUCCUGCGCGGACUCCGCUACUUGCAUCCUCUCAAGAAGUGGCCGAUGCGAUCCCGUCUCUACGCUGGAGGCCUGGGCUGCCCCGCUCUUGACUGGACUCCACCCGCCGCCUCGGGCCACAGGAAGAGGGACGCAGAGGCCGGGCCCCCAGCCUCGGGCGAGGCUGCUGCUCUCCUCCCCACCGGGCCACCCUCACCAGCUCUUGGGGACAAAUGAUCUGUUUGCCCUUUUCUCCCAGACUGCGGCUCACGCUCAGGGACCCGGCUUCCUCCCAGGCCCACCUGCCUCACUCUGACUCUCAGCCACCGGCAUCAGUGGUCUCUGGGGAGUGGGCAGGGGCUCCCAGGAGGGCAGGAUCUCAGAGGAGCACCAGGGUGGAAAGUCUCAUCCCCGGCAUCCCCGGCCUGACUCCCAGUGCUCUUCUGUGGCAACUAGAAUUGGGAGACAGAGGAGUUUGGUGGGGUUCCCAGUUGAGUCAGGGCCCCACCCCUUGCUUUUCUCCCCUAGGGUUCCCACAGACUCCCUGGAGAGCACAAGAGGACAGGAAUGGCUGCACAGGUGUAGAGUAGGGGCAGCAGCGCUGGGUCCCACGGGGAAGCUGGGGCCAGAGAGGCUCUUAGCAGCUGCGAGCCUGAACAGAACAGGGCUGGGCCCAAUAGCCAAAAGGGGAAAUUAAAGGGAAUCAGCUUUGUUAUUGCACCAGGAUCCACUCACCCAACAUCAAAGAGGCAGUCAGGAAUUUAGGAUUUUGUCUCUGGGUUACGGGUCUCUCCAGCUGCCCCUCAUCCCUACAUGUUUUUCCUCUUUGGGCCCCCCUGUACCCUUCCACUCAUUUCUUGACAUGAGUAGUAUUUACAGGUUAAGCCAUAAAGCGUACACGGCUCACAUUCCAGUUUCCAGAGAAAUCUGGUUUAGUCCCAGCUGUCUCACUGGAGAUCUUAUCCCAGAGGCUCUACCUUAACUGAACUAAGCAGCGAGGGCCUUGCAUAAGAAGGGUAUCGGUAGAGUCAGUUACGUCCUCAAAGGACCUUAAAAGGAGAAUGUUUAAUCUUUUGCAGGUGAUGAUAAAUAUAGUCAUCUUCUAUUAUGUUAGAAAUGUAACCUCAAGGGGAAACGAGCCAGGUCUGGGUUGCUUGUGUGACUUUUGCCUAUGGCUUUCCUGGCCCUGUGUCUGGAGUAAUUUCCACAUUCCACCUGCAAAUGAACUCCCUGGGGGCCAGCUCCUCCCGGAGGCACGUCCUCCAGCUUCUCCCCAAGUCCGGCCCCAGCAUGGAUCUACAGACGGCUCCAUCUGGCCCAAAGAGGACUACUCACAGCGGCUACGCGUUUGGAAAGUAACUUUCCAGCCUCAAACCUGCUACCUGAAGCCCAGAUUGGGAAGGAUACUCCUUUUGGUUAAACUCCAGCACCUCAGAGCAGGAGGGGGUCAGGGAGGCAGACUAGAGUCCCAACAGGUAUGUCCUUAGAUGGAGCUGCUGAGUCAUGGGAAUGAAUGAGUUCCGGGCAGGCAGGGAGUGGCCGGGGCUCUGGGUUCUGGCAUCAUGAGCUGCUGUUUCCCCCUCCCUGCCUCGGGCUGGCCAGGGUGGCAGGAGAAAGGGGGCUGAGGGUGUGACUCAGCAAGUUGGGGUGGAGGUAGAAGAGAAACAGAAUGUCCCAGGCCUGUGCUUUCUGGGACGUGGGAGAGCAGUUGGAUUGUGGCUGGGAGCCAUGGGAAAGCCUGGGCCAAGGUCGAACCCAUAAAUCUGCCUGGGACCAAGCAUCUGCCGAGGGACCCUGGAGAGCUUGUCCAGAGCUCCUUCUGGGCAGCUGGACGGGGGCCAGGCAGGAUAGGGACCAGGUGUGGGAGGGCAGGAGCAGUGUUUUCCACAAGACCAUAAAAGUCCAGCUUGAAUGUUCUAUUUUUAAAGCCUUGGGGUCCUCCUGGGUGAGUUCAGGGGUGGUAGGAAAGAGGAGCAGCUGAAUUCUCUCUCCAGGUUGUGGCACACAAUCUUUUUCUGGGGUGAAGGGAAAACCAUCUUGGGGGGUGGUGUUUGAGGGGAGAACUCCCCCAGUAGUAUCCUAACUGAGUAGACUUCGGUCUGGAGCUUGCUCCACCCUGCCCUGCUCAGAAGCAAACCUCGGUGAGCCUCGCCUUGGUGAGUUAAAUCAGAGCCCCUCAGGUUCCCUGGCAGAGAAGACCAGGAGGGCAAAAUAAGGAGGAAGCGAGUGGAGGGCUGGGGAAGGGCAGGGCCCAGCAGCACAAGUUUCUAGGGCGGCCUCAGGCUCUUUCCAGGUAAAGCCGACUCCCCUAGUGCCCGGGAGAGCCCCACAGGGUCCAGAGGCCACCUCUUCUGGCCACAUGGCAGCUGGCAGUCAGGCCAAGGGGCUGAAGGACCCUGCGGGGGUGCAGACCAAGCCGGCUGGGACAAGGCCGGGGGAGGCAGGGAGUUAACCAGAGCAGGGCUGGGGCCCACCCCCUUGACAAGCUGCCCUGGAGGAAAGAACUGUCCGGUAGGAGACCAGACACACCAGAACCAGGAGUAACAACUUCCUUUGUUCUCUGGGACCCAAGGGUUUUGUAUUCCCAUGGGAGGGGGGUGGGGUGAGUGGGUGAGGGUCAUGGAUGGACCAGAGCAGUGAAGGUCAGCAGAGGUCAUCGAGACUUGGGCCCAAUGGAAGUUAUUAUUCCCUGGGACAAUGGAUACGUGGGAAAGAAGCUCUAAAAGGAAACAGAAGCACAGAGCACAGAUGACAAAAUGACUUGAAGGUGGCAGGCGCACGGGUCAGAGGGCUGGCUGCUCCACGACAGUCUUCUUGCAUCACCUGCCCCCUCCCAUGUGCCCGUGACUGAGUUGGGGAUGGGGCAAUGAUGGUGCGGAAAACUUUCCUGCUCUCCCCCUGAAGGGUUGGAUAUAGGGGUCCUUUCUGGUGAGCGACAGGAUUGGGGGAGAGGCUUAGAACUGGGCCGUGGGAGAAGAAAAUCUGGUGGCAGGAUAGUUACAGUAUUAUGGCGGAGACCAUAAAUUUUGCCAAAUUGGAAAUAGGGAAGUUAGAAAUAGAUCUAGUCUCUGAGAAAUUCCUUUUCUCUUCCUCUGGGAGGAUCCCAGCUAUGGUGCACCAGGUGGCAUCGUCCUUUCCCUUCUGUGGCUCGAGCCCUAAACUCAGGGCCUGAAAGCUUGGUCUUUAGAUCGAUGUUGGCAAACUAUGACCCAUGGGCCAAAUCCAACCUGCCUCCUAUUUUGUACAUAAAGUUUUAUUGGAAUACAACCAUACCCUUUCAUUUAUAUGUAUGUCUGUGGCUGUUUUCCCGCUACCGUGGCAGAGUUGAAUGGCUACGACGGAGACUACAUGGGCUGCAAAACCUAAAAUGUUUACUCUCUGGUCCUUUCCAGAAAGUUUGCUGAUCUCUGCUCAAGAUCAGAGGUCUGGGAACUCUGGGAGUUUCUGAGACUCCUACGGGUGAUCUUGGUGACCCAAACUAUUUUUGUAAUACCAAGAUGUUAUUUGCCCUUUUCGUUCUUAUUCUCUCAAGGGUGUGGUGGGAUUUUUCAGAAGCCACAUGACAUGUGAUAUCACAGCAGAUGGACUGCAGAAGCAGACAGGAACACCCAGCUGUCUAUUAAGAUAUUAAUAGAUAAAUUAUCUAUUAAUUAAAAUAUCUACUAAUUAAAGAUACUUGCAAAAACCUAAAAUAGUGCCACCCUUCUCACUAAAUUUUUCCCAAUAUGGAAAAUGAUUUUUCACAAAAAUGUUAUAUAUGAUCACUUAUAGCAGGUUAAUUAAUGUUAUUUUAAAGUUUUCUCUGCUUUAAUUUCUGAGAUGGUAAAUAUCAAUAGAUAUAACCCACGUAAGCAAAAUCUCUUUGAGGUCUUACUUUUUUUUAAGAAUGCAAAAGGGUCCUGAGAUCAAAAUCUUUAAUACCACUGCAGAAGAGCAGAUCGUUGAUGGUCAAGGGACACUCCUCCUGCCCUGCCCCAGUCCCGAGACAGCUCAGCCACUUGCCCUGGAGCAGACCCGGGACUUGGGGCGGGUCUUGGAGAGAUGAAGGCCUGGCAGAGGGAGGGGCACAG